AUGGCGCUUCGGCGGGAUGAAUGGGCAUUCUGUCCUGACGAAGAGACCCUUGAGCUGCUCGCAAAAAACCUCCUGGAGAACGGCGAGCGCCCGACGGAUGCCCGCCGGAGUUGGGAGACGGAAUGUCCAUGCUCGUGUCCACCAACGACUGCCAAACAGUUGCAUAAACGCCUGGCUGUCCACUCCCGUGACAAAACUGAAGCAUCCGUGGAUAUCUCCAGCCUUUUCGAGUGCUCCGUAUGCGGCGGUCCCCACGAUAGCUGCACCCAGGCGAACAGCCCGACAUACGUUGGAAUCAACCUCGCCGACGAGACAUACAACCAUCGCCGAACCGCGGUAGAUGUCUGCCAUUUUCGGGAGCUCUUUCUGCUUUUCCUCGUUUUCAUCUUGGGGGAUGCAUAUUGCAUCAAUCCAAAUGGGCAGCUUCGUGCGACGGGUGAUCGACAAUGUGCAGUGCCUGCGUUCAUACGACACCGCAACAUAUUGGAGAUCGGGAUAGUACUCAACUUCGAUGAGCUUCCCUUCGUACACCAGGUUACGCGGCUUCGCAUAGACUGCGAGACCAUGACUGGGCCUAUACAAGCCGAUCUCAGUACCGCCAUCGAGAAACUAGCAUAUCAUGGCUCAAGCCCUGCCACCAAGCUGGGCAUGGGACGUCAAGUCCGCUCUGAAUUGUCUCGUGCACGGUCUCGUCGAACACCCCACAUCGAUGACGGCUGGCAUUGCCAAACAUCAUCGACCCGCAGUUAUGUACGGUGCCACUCGAACAUACCCACGGAGUAUGGCCCUAUGGGUGCUCAGCUUGGUCGGUUUUUCGUUGGUGUAGCUCAUGCUGUAGAAAAGCGAACGGAGGGGUCUUCGAGUUGA